UGGGAAGUGGUAUAAACUCUAAUAGCAGUUAAGACGUGUCAUCUUCACACACAUCUCUCUCUAUAUCAGUGUAAAAGCGUCACAGUCGAGCGCUGCAGCUCUUUCACUCUUCUCUGGUGGAGUGAAUGUACAUGAUGGAAAUAUCUGUGACGUUCCUCCUCACUGGAUGUCUGAUACAAGGAGUUUUCUGUGAUUUUAAUAUCAAUCUGCCGGAGAGAGUAGAAGCUCUAAAAGGAUCCUGUGUUUUCAUACCCUGCACAUUUGAUAUUAAACAAGACUUUAAAAAUAAUCUCACUGAUAGUGCAAAGAGAAUAUGGUAUAAAGACAAAUGGAAUAAAGACAAAGCAACUGUAGUGUUUAACUCCAGUAGCCCCGACACUGGACCGUUAAGAGGAGAAAUAUUUGGCACUCCUACAGAGAAAAACUGCACCACCCGCUUCGAUAAUGUCAAGCAGAAAGAUAAUGGGUCAUAUUACUUCAGAAUUGAGACCAACGGUAGACUGAAACACAGCUACAAAAAACCUGACAACACCCAAGUUCAAAUUUCCAUCAUAGAUUCUCCACCCAAACCCACAGUGAGUCUGUUGAAGGAUCAGGAGGAGGUGAAGAAGGUGAAGGAGGGAAGCUCUGUGAAUCUGCGCUGCUCGACUAAGAUCUUCUGUUCCUCUCGUCCAGCAGUUCUCACAUGGAGCUCGUCUCCUGAACACCUCCUCAAGGAGAUCGUCACACAACAUCAGCGUCAGAGCGAAACUGAGCUGAUCUCUGAUCUGAUCUUCACUGUAACUCACCGUCAUCAUUCAGCCACUUUCACCUGCACUGUAACACACCAGCUUCAGCAGAACAUCACAAAAUCACGAAACGAGUCCCGUACGCUACGAGUUCAGUAUGCUCCUAAAAACACAUCUGCACAUGUAAGUCCAUCUGGUUUUGUUCUGGAGGGUCGUUCAGUGACUCUGAGCUGCAGCAGUGAUGCAAACCCACCGGAGCUCAACUACACCUGGUACAGAGACACUGAAGAACACCUGAAACCAGUGCAGACCGGACAGAACCUGACCUUCAGCAACCCCGACCCGACACACAGCGGACGAUACGUCUGUACAGCUCAGAACAAACACGGCGCUCAGAACGCAUCAGUGCUGCUGGACGUCCAGUAUCCUCCUAAAAACACAUCUGCACAUGUAAGUCCAUCUGGUUUUGUUCUGGAGGGUCGUUCAGUGACUCUGAGCUGCAGCAGUGAUGCAAACCCACCGGAGCUCAACUACACCUGGUACAGAGACACUGAAGAACACCUGAAACCAGUGCAGACCGGACAGAACCUGACCAUCAACAACACCGACCCGACACACAGCGGACGAUACGUCUGUACAGCUCAGAACAAACACGGCGCUCAGAACGCAUCAGUGCUGCUGGACGUCCAGUAUGCUCCUAAAAACACAUCUGCACAUGUAAGUCCAUCUGGUUUUGUUCUGGAGGGUCGUUCAGUGACUCUGAGCUGCAGCAGUGAUGCAAACCCACCGGAGCUCAACUACACCUGGUACAGAGACACUGAAGAACCCCUGAAACCAGUGCAGACCGGACAGAACCUGACCAUCAACAACACCGACCCGACACACAGCGGACGAUACGUCUGUACAGCUCAGAACAAACACGGCGCUCAGAACGCAUCAGUGCUGCUGGACGUCCAGUAUGCUCCUAAAAACACAUCUGCACAUGUAAGUCCAUCUGGUUUUGUUCUGGAGGGUCGUUCAGUGACUCUGAGCUGCAGCAGUGAUGCAAACCCACCGGAGCUCAACUACACCUGGUACAGAGACACUGAAGAACACCUGAAACCAGUGCAGACCGGACAGAACCUGACCAUCAACAACACCGACCCGACACACAGCGGACGAUACGUCUGUACAGCUCAGAACAAACACGGCGCUCAGAACGCAUCAGUGCUGCUGGACGUCCAGUAUGCUCCUAAAAACACAUCUGCACAUGUAAGUCUAUCUGGUUUUGUUCUGGAGGGUCGUUCAGUGACUCUGAGCUGCAGCAGUGAUGCAAACCCACCGGAGCUCAACUACACCUGGUACAGAGACACUGAAGAACACCUGAAACCAGUGCAGACCGGACAGAACCUGACCAUCAACAACACCGACCCGACACACAGCGGACGAUACGUCUGUACAGCUCAGAACAAACACGGCGCUCAGAACGCAUCAGUGCUGCUGGACGUCCAGUGUGAGUAUCAAGAGCCUGAUCUGAUUUACUCACAAUCACUAGAUUAUUAGACUGGAGAUUUUAAAUUGAAAAGCUAAAAAAAAAAAACCUUAA